GCCUUCUCAUGGCAGCCUCACCAUUUCAAACUUUUUUUCUGUGAGAUUCUGAUACCUCCAUGCAGCGGUCGUCACCGGCCAGACUAUUUUCUCCAUCAAUGCUCUUGCGGGGUAGAAAGUGAAUGAGACUUUGAUAGACAGCUGCUCCUGUCGGUCGUAACCAACCUUGAUCAUAAUUUGCUUGUCCUUGCUUGGUUGACUUGACAGCCUCGACUUCAUCCGGGUAGUGUGCUUCAAGAUCCCUGCAUCGGUACCGUGAACACCGGAGCUAGGAAUAUCAUCCACCGCAACAUCUAUCCGAUUGCAACAUCCAUCUCCUGGUCGUCGGCUUCCUUUCGCUCAAGCCAUCGCAAGCUCAACAGAAAGCCGCCAUGAAGAUCCUAGAGGCCCAGUCGGCCGUGCUCACCAACUACGAGGUGUACCAGCACCUCACCGAUAUACGCAAGAGGAACAACAGUAGCCAGCCUAAGAGACGGAUGCCCGAAGAUGCCUUCCGGCUCAGCAAGGAGGUCCUCGAGUAUUUGGAGACGAAGCCAUACCCGCUGCACGACCAAAAGGAGAAACAGCACUACAGCCAAACCACCCUCGAAUUGCUCUGCGAGAAGCUGGCGGAGAAGUUUCCCGACAUCACCAAGGCCGAAGGUCUCGCCAUUUUCGACGUGCGACCGACCAACAUCCCAGUUUUGGCUAUAAUUGUCGAGUCGCUCGAGGACCGGUACACGGAAGAGGAGCAGCAGCAACUCGUUGAUCUCGUUAUCGAGGUCCUUGGACAAGAUGACCCCGAGCCUGAAGAAGAAGAAGGCGAGGAAGGCGCUGAGGAUGGAGACGCAGUUCAGUCUGUUGAGACUACCAACGGCGCAUAAAUUUCGACGAACGGCACGCACUGCGUCGCGUCAGUGUGUUUGAGGAUUGUUACAUGAUGGCGCACCCCCCUUCGCUCUGCCCGCCCUCCUCCGACGUCGACUUCAGAGCUGUACUACAUAUGUCGUCAAAUACCUCAGGGAGAAGCUCGCCUGUUACAGCAGAACAUUCCAUGUAUUUGUCUGCGCGCAUUUCUUGGGCGCGAACAUAUGCUUCUUGCGGAUAUAUGAUUCCAUUUGGAUCAUCCUCGGAGCGCAAGUCCCUCUUUAAACCCAACACGAGCAUCGGCAGACGAUCAUGGUUGAAUGUCGCCCGCACCUCCUUUACCCACUGUACAACAACUUGUCAGAAACGAUAAUAUCAGAGUCAGUGGAUUGGGCGGUGGACCUACGACUCGCUGGAGGUUGAUGAGGCUCAACCGCUGGCUGAUGUCAUAGCAGAUGAUUACGAGGUCUGGUCGGAGCAGUUUCCAGCUUUCAGGGCUGGAUGUAUCGAAAAACUCGAAGCGGUACUGUCCUUUUCGGGAGCGGAUAUCAAACACAAAGGGUUGGUCCAUAUCCCUCAGCAUGGUGAUUGGAACAUUGCCUUGGAGAUUUGGACGGCCCUGGCUGAUCCGUCUAUUGGAAGUGUCAGCAGCUGGAUACCAGGACAGUUAUUGUAGGCAAAGAUGAAGUACAGACGAUAAAAAUGUAGUUUUGCCGCAUUUCUCAUCUCCUAG